AUGGCCAUACUCUUCUUGUUGGCUGCCUUCGUGGGCUGUGUAGUGGCUAGGCCUUCCAGCGAAAAUGUGACACCAGUAAGUUAUCAAAAUAAUAAACUACUUAAUAUUGAACAAGGAUGUUUUAAAAUAUUAUUUUUUAUCUACUUAGCCUUCAUAAUGUGGAAAUGAUGUAUGAUUACCGCUCUUUAAUAUCUAAACUCACAUUGGUGCCCUAUGGUUGGGUUGCGGUUAAAAAUGCAACAAGCCAUGAUUAUGCAUGUCAGCAUGGCGAGUCCGAAUGCGAGGGCAACAGGUUGCACGCCUGCGCCAUCAAGUACAUCCCAGAUCAAGUAACAACAUUAGAAUACAUCUCAUGCUUGGACCAACAGGAAUCGAAUUAUCUCACAUUUGCGUCUUCUCAAUACCCCAUUGACAAGUGUCAAGAUAAACUCCCAGAAGGAGUAUACUCAAAAAUAAUGAGCUGCUACAAUUCAGAUGAAGCAUGGGAAUUAUUCCAAAACAAUGGAAAGAAAACCACCUCGUUUUUUACAAAAAGUGGUUUCGUUCCAUAUGUUUCCUUCAACAAUAAACGAGAUGAUGAAUUGGCCAUAUCUGCAGUUAGGAACUUCAGAAAGACACUCUGCAAAGCUGCCGGAGUCACUGAUCCAGAUUGUUUUGCAUAAAACUAAUUGA